AUGGAGUCUAAUAAGAUGUUCGCUUUGAUUAUAGACACGGCAUUGGAGAAUACCAGCAAUGUCUUCUUUCUCAUUUUUUGUAAAAUGAAUCGAAAGAAAAAGAAAUCAUAUAUUAGUUUAUUUUUGAGUUUUGGAACUAUCAUAGCUCAGAAUGGAACACAGCCCGAUAGCGCCAGAGUUAUAGUUGGCUCUCAGGCAAAUAUUUCGGUAGAUGUGCUUUUGAAUGAUAAUUUGAAUGCAAAUAAAGAUUAUGAAUUGAUUUCGGUUUAUAAAUCUACUACUAGUACUAGCGUUAAUAUAAGUACUAAUGGUAGCAAAGCUCAAUAUCAAGACCCGCAAGGCA